AUGACUGUGGUCUGGCUGUGGACCCGGUCUGGCUGUGAACCCGGUCUGGCUGUGGACCCGGUCUGGCUGUGGAACCGGUCUGGCUGUGGAACUGUGGAACCGGUCUGGCUGUGGACCCGGUCUGGCUGUGAACCCGGUCUGGCUGUGGACCCGGUCUGGCUGUGGACCCGGUCUGGCUGUGGAACCGGUCUGGCUGUGCACCCGGUCUGGCUGUGGACCCGGUCUGGCUGUGGACCCGGUCUGGCUGUGGACCCGGUCUGGCUGUGGACCCGGUCUGGCUGUGGACCCGGUCUGGCUGUGGAACCGGUCUGGCUGUGGACCCGGUCUGGCUGUGGACCCGGUCUGGCUGUGGAACCGGUCUGGCUGUGGAACCGGUCUGGCUGUGGAACCGGUCUGGCUGUGGACCCGGUCUGGCUGUGGAACCGGUCUGGCUGUGGACCCGGUCUGGCUGUGGAACCGGUCUGGCUGUGGAACCGGUCUGGCUGUGGAACCGGUCUGGCUGUGGACCCGGUCUGGCUGUGGACUUUCUGCUCCUGUGGUGUGUGCACAAAAUACUAA